AGGACCCCGCGCGCAAAUGAUGAAUCGGGGGAGCGCAGGCGGGGAACCGGGCUGGGGCUGCGGCCCCACAGGGCGGGGGUCCUGCGACCCCGAGGCCCGCCCGGGCCCGCCGGCUACCCGGGAAGCUCAGGCAGUGGGCCGGCCCUCCCGCCGGGGCCGGGCCGGGCGGGGCGCGCGUCCUUACCGGGCGCUGUGUCGCUGGUGAGUUCCGCUCCCGCCGCCUCUGUCCCCGAGAGCCACUUCCUUAUCGGUGCAACCAGGGGCCGAGAUGAGGAGGAGCUGACCUGGAAACCUGUCCUUGGCCACUGUCCUAUCUAAGGAACUCACCUUCCAGAGCUCACCCGCACAGAGCUGGAGGGGUAUCCUCUUAGGAGCUGAGGCAAUGACGAUCUUCAGGCAGCUGUCCCUGGGGGCAAAGGCCGCCCUGGCUGCCGGGACUGUCUUCGUGUCCAUGAUUGUCUCCCGGUCCUACCUGGCGGAGAGCUUGGAGUUCAGGGCCUGGCGAUGCCUGUUCCGCCUGCAGCUCGCCCUGUUUGCCAACUCGCUCAUGCUCCUCGGCUCCAUCUUCAUCUGGCGUAGCACCGUCAGCAAUCUCAAGCAUUCCCCGGCUGCAGAAUCAGCCUGUUUCCAGCUCUGGAAGAUGAUCGUCGCGGCCUUCCUGGCCCUGGCGCAUUCCAGCUUCUUCACCAUGAUCUUUCUAGUGGCCGAGGAGCCCUAUCUCUUUUCCCUGGUUGCCUACACCUGCCUUGGGGCGUAUGUCAUCAUGCUCUGCUUCCUCUGUGUCCUCAGUGGCAUGGAGCAGGCCUACCAGCUCCUGGCCUGGCGUGCCGGCAGGGCAGUGGGCAGCCUUGACAAGACCAGGAAGCUGGCCCUCCGGCCGGCACUGGCAGUGAUGGUAACCACUGUGCUCAGCGUGGUGGGGCUGCUGAACGCCGCCCAGCCCCCAGCGGUGACCACUGUGGAAGUACCCGUGCAUCGGCUGCACCCCUCCAUGAACAGCCUCAAGAUUGUGCUCCUCUCGGACAUCCACCUGGGCCCCACAGUGGGCAGGACCAAGAUGGACAUGUUCGUGAGGAUGGUGAACACGCUGGAGCCGGACGUCACGGUGAUCGUGGGCGACCUGUGCGAUUCCGAAGCCUCUGUCCUGCGCACAGCUGUGGCUCCUCUGGGCCAGCUGCGUUCACGCCUGGGCACCUACUUCGUCACAGGCAAUCACGAGUACUACACGUCAGAUGUCAACAACUGGUUUGCGCUGCUGAUGUCCCUGAACGUCCAGCCCCUCCACAAUGAGAAUGUGAGGAUUUCUGCUCCCGGGGCCCACCGUGAGGAUGACGGCUGGAUCUGCCUGGCUGGGGUGGACGACAUCGCAGCGAACAUGCUGCACUACACUGGCCAUGGCAUGGACCUGGAGAAGGCCCUGGAGGGCUGCAGCCCAGACCACCCCACCGUCCUGCUAGCUCACCAGCCCCUAGCUGCCAAGAGAGCCCUCCAGGCCCGGCCAGAUAUUAACCUGAUCCUUUCUGGGCACACGCAUGCUGGGCAGAUCUUCCCCUUGAACGUGGCAGCCUAUCUCCUGAACCCCUUCUUUGCUGGUCUCUACCAGGUGGCCGAGACUACAUUUGUAUAUGUGAGCCCAGGCACGGCCUAUUAUGGGAUACCCAUGCGUCUGGGCAGCAGGGCAGAAAUUACCCAGCUCAUCCUGCAGCCGGCCCCCUGACCCCACCCCUGUCUGCCCCCCGGGCGCCUGCCUCCUCGUUGCCCUUGCUCUCUGUCCCCAUCCCUCUGCAGAGCAGGCUGUCCAUCUACCCCCUCCAGCCUCCCCUGCCAACCCACACUUGUCACAAGACUGGCUGGCACUGUGAUCUGUGCUGGGGCUGCCUGGCAAGUCCAGGGAGGUUAACUCUGCAGAUGACCACCUGCUUUUUCAUAUGCAUGUGAGGCCACUAAAGUAACAUGUAAGGACGG